ACACCAUCUUCUCUAAUUAUUUUAUUUUCAAUUUUCGCGGUUGUUAGCCCCAAAAUUCACAUCAAAUCUUCUCCUUUCCUAUACACACACCUAUACAUACACUUACGAAUCGCCGCUCAAUUAUCGUCUUUGAUUCAAUCGGUUCAUCUAAUCUCUUUCGAUUGAUGUUUUGAUUGUGAACGAGUUUGAAUUUGUAAUCAUAAAUUUUCUUCAUGGGCCCAGCAAGAAAGUCCAGAAGUGUGUACAAGCGGCAUUCUAAUAUUAACGAUGUCUCUCCUGUUAAACAUGAGGAGGCUGCUGAUAGAAGAGUCCCCCGGAAAAGGAAGUUGUCUGACAUGUUGGGCCCUCAAUGGAGUAAGGAAGAGCUUGAGCACUUCUAUCAAGCAUAUCGAAAGCAUGGAAAAGACUGGAAAAAGGUGGGAGCUGUACUGCGAAAUCGAUCCAUUGAAAUGGUGGAGGCUCUUUACACUAUGAAUAGAGCUUACCUGUCUCUUCCAGAAGGAACUGCUUCAGUGGCUGGAUUAAUUGCAAUGAUGACAGACCACUAUUGCAAUCUGGCUGGAAGUGAUAGUGAGCAAGAAAGCAAUGAAGGUGCAGGGACAUCUCGAAAAUUUCAAAAGCGUUCUCAGGCUAAAGCACAGCCUAAGACUUCUAAAGGAUCUGAAGGGCGUUUGACUACAAGUUCUCAGGCAAUUGCACCAAGCUAUGACUACCUUCCGCUUUUGAAGAAGAAGCGCUCUGGUGGAACCCGACCUCGUGUUGUCGGAAAAAGGACGCCUCGAUUUGCUGUUUCCUUUUCUCAUGAAAAUAUAAACAGGGAUGCGUAUAAUUCCCCAACCAGACAGUAUGGUGAUGCUAAUGAUAGUGAUGUUGGCCAUGAGAAUCUUAUAGCAUUAGCGGAAGCUUCACAAAGGGGUGGAUCUUCUCGGUUCUCACGCUCAGCAAAGAGAAUGGUUGGUGACAGUGACAUGGAUGAAGAUGAUUUGGAGGGGAGCAUGAAUGCUGAUAAUGAGGACUAUCCUAGGAAUAAGAGAUAUAUGAUGAAAGCAGGAAAUAAGAGUGUAUUAUCUCGGAAAGAACCAAGAGUUUACGGGAAGAAGUUAGAAGUUGAUAACAAUAGAAACAGUCGAGAUGAGAUUAGGGAAGCUUGUAGUGGAACAGAAGAACAAAAACUAGGAGCAGUGCGUGAAAAAUCCGAAAUAGAGGUUUCAAAUGGAAAACAUUCUAGGUAUUCUCAGGGUAGGUGGAAGAGAAGUAAGAAGGUUCUUUUUGACCAAGAUGAAGCCUCUGCUUUAACUGGCCUGGAAGCUUUGGCAAAUGCAGUUCUCAUGCCUGAAUCAACAAAUGAUAAUGAUUCAUCCAUUCAUGUGAAAGAAGAAAGUAAUGAAGUUGAGGAACCUGAAUCCCUUGACGGUAUAGAUAAUAGGACCCAUCAGAUAGAGAAAGGAUGGGUAUCGGAGACUAGAUGGAACCAAUCAAUACCAGGAUCAAAACAUGCUGCUACAAAUAGAACAUCCAUACUGGGAAAAGAUUCCGCUCAUGGUGUUAGUCGUAGUCCUGAGGCUGAGCUCAAAACUCUCUAUUCUGUUACAAAGCUGUCGAGGAAAAAGCAGAAGACCUUGGCAUCUAAAGUUUCAGCUGAACGUCAUACUGAUAAUCAUAUGAGUGAAUCUCAAGUAGCUGAGGGUCGAGAGGUGUGGAAUAAAUUAAGCAAGGGAAAGCGAUCGUCGCAAAGUGCUUCACCCAUGUUAAAUAAAUACCCAGAGAAUUCUUCUUCAAGUACUUGUCCAAAAAAGGAAGCCGGGGAUUCAGCUAUUUCAGGUGUAUGUCUUCCUGUUGCAGACCAGGUUGACAUAACCAAUAAAGUAAGAAGAUUUCGUAAGACAAUGGUCCGCAAGGGCCUCAAAUAUGCAGAUUCGGAAGUAUCAGAUAGAACCAAAAAGCUCUUAAAUUGCUUUUCCAAUCAUCAAGUACGUAGGUGGUGUGCAUUUGAGUGGUUCUAUAGUGCAAUUGAUUACCCAUGGUUUGCUAAAAGGGAGUUUGUGGAGUACUUGCUUCAUGUUGGUCUGGGUCAUGUUCCUAGAUUAACACAUGUUGAAUGGGGUGUCAUAAGAAGCUCUCUUGGCAAACCGCGAAGGUUUUCUGAACAAUUUCUGAAGGAAGAAAAGGAGAAACUAAAUCGAUACAGGGAUUCUGUUAGAACACAUUAUACCGAACUUCAUUCAGGUACUAGGGAAGGGCUUCCGACGGAUCUUGCAAGGCCUUUAUCUGUUGGACAACGUGUAACUGCAAUUCAUCCAAAGACUAGAGAAAUUCAUGAUGGCAGUGUCCUAACAGUAGAUCAUAAUAGGUGUCGUGUUCAAUUUGAUCGCCCCGAACUUGGAGUAGAAUUUGUCAUGGAUAUUGAUUGCAUGCCCUCGAAUCCAUUAGAGAAUAUGCCAACAUCAAUGACAAGGCAUAUAAGUGCUAGGGACAUUGAGAACUUAAGUAACUUCAGAAUGAACGGGCAGGCAAAAGACCAAAGACCAGAAGGAUAUAUCAAAUUUUCUCCAUCUGAAAACCUGGAAAAUGUUUUUUCUGGCCCUCAUACAUCAGCUGCUUCUCACCCAACGUUUAAUUUAUUAGAUCCUGCAAAGAUUGGCUCUGCAUUUGUAGAUUCACAAGCUAUACUUGGCCCCAAAGAUAAAGUUCCCAAUCCACAAAUUUCAUACUCUCACCCUUCUACACUAGCACAUAUCAAGGCUCAAGAAGCUGAUGUCCAGGCCAUUGCCGAGCUAAGUCGUGCUCUCGAGAAAAAGGUUCCGCAAGUGCUAGUUUCUGAGUUAAGGGAAAUGAACAAUGAUGUUUUGGGAAAUCAGAAGGAUGGUGUUUCAACUCUAAAGGACUCUGAGCCUUUUAAAAAGCAAUAUGCUGCUGUUCUCGUACAACUACGUGAUGCAGAUGAGCGGGUUACUUCCGCUUUGGAUUGCUUAAAGCAACGUAAUACAUAUCAAGGAAAUGGCUCUCUUACAUGGCCAAAGCCCAUGGCAAAUUCUGUCAGUUCUGUUGGUGUGUUCAACUCUUCUAACUGUUCACUUCAAAAUGAAGAAUAUGGAUCUCAUGUCAAUGAAAUUGUUUUGAGCUCUAGAACAAGGGCUCAUACAAUGGUUAGUGCAGCAAUUCAGGCAUUUUCUUCAAUGAAGGGUGGGGGAAACACCUUUGAGAAGAUUGAGGAGGCUAUAGACUAUGUCUAUGAUCAGAUACCGUCCGAAGAAACCUAUAUACCAUCUGAGAGGCCUUUUAUAGCCACAGAGAGUGGUAAUUUGGCUUCUCAAGAGCUUAAAAGUGGUACAUUAAGUCCAUUGCAGACCCUAUUCAAUCCACAGUCAGAUAAACAAAACCUAGUUCCUUCAGAACUUAUUGCUAAGUGUGUAGCUACUUUGCUGAUGAUUCAGAAGUGUACAGAACGACAGUUUCCACCAGCAGAUGUAGCUCAAAUACUGGAUUCUGCUGUUACAAGUUUGCAGCCUUGUUCGUCAAAGAAUCUUCCUGUUUAUGCUGAUAUAGAGAAGUGCAUGAUUAUGAUUAGGAAUCAAAUAAUGGCGCUUGUACCAACUUAAUGCAACUCGAUCCUUUGCCGAAUAAGUUCUUGUAUCUUGUAAAUGGGUCGAGUAGAUUAAGCGUAUGUUUAAUCCGGGCAAGAAAUCUUGCCUAUUCUUCCCCAUUGGUGCAUCUUUUACUUAGUAGAAUGAGUUUACUGUAGGACCGUUACAUAUUCGUGAAGUUAACUUGCACUCAUAGUUGUAGUUUAUAUUCAUCAGAAUAAGCUUUAGAUUUUUGUUAUGCCUGUAAAUCGUGGAUUUGAACGGACCAUUAGUUGUCAAAUAUAUAAGAGUAUAUUGCAAAAUGCA